AUGGGUAACUUUCGCUCAUUUUAUGAUUUACUCUAUCUUUGUUAUUUCUUUUUCUCAAAGAACAACUUACGAUCUCGUAUUCAGACGAAAAUUGCGUUUCGAAGACAGGUCAAUCGGGACGCAUGGGAUGAAGCGACCACAGCCUCAAGUGUGCGUGAGGUAGUUGAAGAAGAGGAGGAGAAUGACGACGAUAUGAAUGAAGCCAUUUUUGAUACUGCUACACCCGUACGUCUCAACUCCUCUUCGGAUGCUAGUUUUCUACAAUCUUGCCAACAUGGAGACCACCUAUCCGAAGCUGCUGCAACUCUGACGGCCACUCUUCCUUCUAGUCGAGGAGCUAAUCCUUCAAUGAGGAUCGCAUACCAGCCGCAGGCGAAGCUCCUAAGGGCUGAGGCUUCGGGCUCCUCUGCGGCAAAACAGCCUCGUGUAUCUGCUCCUCUAGUUUCUUCCACCAAUGUCAGCUUGAAAGAACCUUCGGCACGC